AUGGUAAAAUAUCUUGUUGAAAAGGGCGCUGAUGUAAAUGGUGAGAAUACUUACAGUAGGACAGUGUUGCACUACGCUGUUACUGGAGGUUCGAUGAAUAUAGUAAAAUACCUGGUUGAAAAUGGCGCUGAUGUGAUUGGUAAGACGACGAACGGGUGGACAGUGCUGCACGAUGCUGUUACUGAAGGUAAGCUAGAAAUCGUAAAAUAUCUUGUUGAAAAUGGCGCCGAUGUAAAUGGCGAGUAUUCUGAUGGAUGGACAGUAUUGCACUAUGGUGUUAGUAAUGGUGCACUAGAAAUGGUAAAAUAUCUUGUUGAAAAGGGCGCUGAUGUAAAAGGUAAAACUACUGACAGAGAGACAGUACUGCACACUGCUGUUACUAAAGGUACGCUGGAUUUAGUGAAAUACCUUGUUGAAAAAGGCGCUGCUGUGAAUGCUCUUUACAGCACGAAUACUAACGGGUCAACAGUGCUGCACAGUGCUGUUGCUAAAGGUAAGCCAGAAAUAGUGAAAUACCUUGUUGAAAACGGCUUUGAUGUAAAUAGCACGGAUAUUGAUGGGAGGACAGUUCUACACAGUGCUGUUACUGAAAGUAAGCUAGAUAUGGUAAAAUAUCUUGUUGAACAUGGGGCUGAUGUAAAUGGCAAGGAUAUUGAUGAAUGGAGAGUGCUUCACUGUGCUGUUACUGAAGGUACACUAGAAAUGAUCAGUUUCCUUGUUGAAAAUGGCGCUGAUAUGAAUGGCAAGGAUAGUAACGGGUGGACAGUGCUGCACAGUGCUGUUGCUAAUGGAGCAACCGAAACGGUAAAAUAUCUCAUUAGAAAGGGCGCUGAUGUAAAUGGCGAGUAUAUUGACGGAUGGACAGUCUUAGACUAUGCUGUUUCUGAAGGUACGCUAGAAAUGGUGGAACACCUUGUUGAACAAGGCGCUAAUAUAAAUGGUAAGAAUACAUACGGUAGGACAGUGUUGCACUACGCUGUUACUGAAUGUACGAUGGAUAUAGUAAAAUACCUGGUUGAAAAUGGCGCUGAUAUAAAUGAUAAGAAUUCUGACAAGUGGACAGUACUGCACAGUGCUGUUGAUAAAGGUACGCUAGAUAUGGUAAAAUACCUCGUUGAAAAUGGCGCUGAUGUAAAUGGAAAGAAUACUGAUGGGUGGACAGUUCUCCACACUGCUGUUACUAAAGGUAGCCUGGAUAUCACAAAGCACCUCGUGAAAAAUGGCGCUGAUGUAAAUGGUAAAUAUACUGACGGUUGGACCGUCCUACACGCCGCUGUAGAUACAGGUGAAUUAGAAAUUCUCCAAUAUUUAGUUGAACAGGGUGCUGACAUAACUCCUAAAAGUAAUAUCAGCGCUCAUUGUCUUGCCACUGACAUCAUGAGGAUGGCUGUUGUGAACAAUUCAGUUGCUUUGGUGAAACUCCUCUUGCAAAAGAACAUAGUUGUUUCGAGAGCUGGAACAUUUCUUGUCGAGGGAAGGCAAAUGAGUCUUCUUGAAUGGAGUAUUUACAUUGGUCAUGAUGAAAUUAAAACUAUUCUAAAGAGGUCCAUAAAACAUCGCGAGAAAAUUGAGAUGUUGAAAACAAUGAACCACAACCAGUUAGAAAAGAAUCAAUUCAAAAUUGGCGAUGGUUGUGGUGGUUCACGUGUCUAUGUUGGUCUCAUGAGAGAUGGAAGUGAAGUUGCCGUUAAGAGAAUCUUGGUGCAAAGUGAGGAUAAAACAGUUGAAAACGAAAAGGAAAUCAUGAGUUUCAUUGAGACGGAAAACUGUCCAUUUAUAGUGAGCUAUCGUUAUUUUCAUUCUGGCGAUGACUUCAUGUAUCUUAUUGUUGAUCUUUGCGAGGAAAACUUGAGGGAACUUGUUCAUGCAUGCAGUAUUGAGCAUCUACAAGAGCAUGGUCCACGAAUGAUUCGGGAAAUUCUAUCAGGACUUGAAUUUCUUCAUGGUAAAGGAGUAUUGCACAGAGAUUUAAAACCUUCAAACGUCCUGGUUGAUAUCGAAGGUCGCAUGAAAUUGGCAGACUUUGGAAUAAGCCGUGUCCUAGAAGACGAUCAAACGACAGUUCAAACAUUCGUGAGAGGCACUCCUGGAUGGAUGCCAUCGGAAGUAACUCAAGCCAUUGAGAAAAAUGAGAAAUGUCGUUUCAAAAGGAAAUCAGAUGUCCAGGUCGCGGGCAUGAUUGCUUUCUACGUCUUAACUAAAGGUGAACACCCUUUUGGUUCUUCCUUUGAUCGAAUGAGAAAUAUUUCGGAAGGGAACUCUGUCAGUUUGAAGAAACUUAGUGAUCGCAAAGCUCAAAAGUUUGUGUCGUGGCUGAUCAAUCAUAAAAUUGAUGAGAGACCUUAUGCUCACGAGGCGUUGAGGGAUCCUUUCGUUGAUGAACAUUGA